AUGUCCGCCGAGGAGCACCAGCAAUCCUCUCAGGAUGUCGGCCGCAUCACUGAAUCAUUUGACAAAUUCGGCGUCAGCGAUGGCGGUGACGCUGUACCGCGAACCGAAGAAGAGUAUGCCGAAGCGCAACUGACCCUGCGCGCCAUUGUCUCUUCCAAAGAAGCCGGUGUUAUCAUAGGAAAGGCGGGAAAGAACGUUGCUGACCUACGCGACGAGACUGGUGUUCGCGCGGGCGUCAGUAAGGUCGUCCAGGGGGUCCACGACCGCGUGCUCUCCGUUACUGGCUCGCUCCAGGGCAUCUCCAAGGCAUAUGGACUCGUCGCCAAAGGACUUCUGGAAGGUGCACCCCAGAUGGGCAUGGGUGGUCUGAUUCGGAGCGAUGGCACCCAUCCCAUCCGCCUCCUCAUCUCACACAACCAGAUGGGCACUAUCAUUGGCCGACAGGGCUUGAAGAUCAAGCAGAUUCAGGACACGUCUGGCGUACGGAUGGUGGCGCAAAAGGAGAUGCUGCCCCAAUCCACCGAGCGUAUCGUCGAAGUCCAAGGCUCCCCGCAGGGCAUCGAGAAGGCCGUCUGGGAAAUCGGCAAGUGCUUGAUUGAUGACUCUGAACGUGGCUAUGGUACUGUCCUGUACAACCCCGCUUCCAGGGUCCAACCGGGUGGUGGCCCAUUGUCAAAUGGUGGAAGCGGCGCCGCAUUGGGAGGUGGACGUUCCUACAACCGCACCGGUCAUGGUGCCGACUUCAGUGAUGCACCGCCGACAUAUAAUCGACGAUCUGGAUCCGAUGCCGCCAGUCGACCCCCGCCGCCUACUCACACCGAAGACGGCGAGGAGAUGCAGACGCAAAACAUCAGUAUUCCCUCGGACAUGGUCGGCUGUAUCAUCGGACGCGGAGGAAGCAAGAUUAGCGAAAUCCGCAAGAGUUCCGGCGCUCGCAUCUCCAUCGCCAAAGCCCCCCAUGACGAAUCGGGCGAGCGCAUGUUUACAAUUACUGGCAGUGCCAGUAGCAACGAAAAGGCUUUGUACUUGUUGUACGAGAAUCUGGAGGCGGAGAAGAUGCGCCGCAGCCAGUCUCAGGACUAG